AUGGGUGAAAUAGUUGAUGGAAUGGAUAGAAUAUCAGAGUUGCCUGUACACAUAAUUCAUGACAUCUUACGCCGGAUUCGAAAAUUCGGACUAGAAGAAGAAGCUCGAACUUGCGUCUUGUCUAAGACAUGGAGUUCAAUUUGGAGAAUGCGACCUGAUGUGAUAAUCAGUCAUUACAGCCACAAGAGCUUGUCAGAUAAUUUGGAGAAUUUUGUGAAAUUUGUUGAUGAUUCCUUGCGGCCUUAUGCCGAGCUAAGCUUGAGAAUUGAAAAACUUAGCCUCGAACUUAGCCUUGAACAUCCGGAAAUGGCUUCUCAUAUUGAUCGCUGGUUGAACUUGGCAAUUAAACAUAAUGUCAGAUCUCUACAACUUUUUCCAACGUUUAAUUUGAACUAUAGCAUACCUGAUGCUAUUUAUGCAGCUAAUAAGACGCUGACUGAAUUAUCGCUACGAAGGUGCAAAUUUGAAAUAUAUAAUAGCACCAGUACCACCAACAAAUUGCAACGAUUAAUUAGUACGUGUCCGUUUAUAAGGGAUCUAAAUAUAAGUAAUUGCACGGGAAUCAAGAAUUUACGUGUUUCUGGCCUAGUAAAUCUGGAGAUAUUGGAGCUAACAGAGUGUGAAGGACUCGUAAAAGUGGAAGUCCAGGCUCCAAAUCUUCGAAAAUUUGUUUAUGUUGGUGUCCCUUUGGAUAUGUACCCGACGACACGUGAACCAGAAUCGCUGCCUUGCACAAUUGAUAUUUUAGAUGGUUAUAAGACUCUACAAUUUCUCAAAUUGGAAGCUACUACCAUGACGGACCAGGAGUUUGAAUAUCAGUUGUCUAAGUUCCCAGCCCUUGAAGUUUUAGACCUCAGGGGAUGCUAUAUAAUGAAAAAUAUAAAAGUUGUGAGUGAAAAACUUAAGAGUUUCACCUUAUGGAAUUGGACGAAUCUGGAGCAAGUCAAUAUGAUGGCUCCAAAUCUUAUGGAAUUCAAAUUUGAAAGUGGUAAAACAUGCAUGCCCUUCUCAACUAUGGAUCCUUCUAACCUGGAAAUGGUCAAUAUCAAUUUUUAUCCAUAUUCUUCAAAUUCUUGGAACUUUGGAGAUAUGGACAGAAGUUGGUAUAGUAAUCUUCAAGACUUUGUUCAAAAGUUCAACUAUUCGAAGGGACUGAUAUUAGUAUUUUAUUGCAAAGAGGUAUUAACUUCUUUUUUCUCUUUCACCGGUGUAAUUUAUAUCUCUGCGUAA